AUGAAUGCCGGAGUCAACAACGGUGGCGGCUUCAGCGCUCAGCGCCUCCUCACUGUGCUUAUCUCCUUCCAACCAGGCCCCUUCACCACGAUGCCCGACGCUGACGAAAGACAGUGCAGGAUCUGUUUCGAUGGCGCAAAUGUCGAGCUUGAAAUGGGCCGCCUCAUACGUCCUUGCUUGUGCAAAGGUUCCAUUAGUUACGUCCACGUCAAGUGCCUGCAAACAUGGCGAAAUUCAUCAGCCUCAAAGAGUGCCUUUUUUGCUUGCCCUCAAUGUCGCUACCAAUACCGCUUUUCACGCACCCGCAUCGUGGGGCUUGCCACAAACCCUGUCAUCGUUGGAGGUUUGUCCGGCUUGGUAUUCACAACGAUCGUGAUGUUAGCUUCUUACAUCACAACCUACUUCAUGGCUGCGUUCGAGGAGCCUUCCAACUAUUAUUCCUAUUCAUUCUUCUACAUCUCUCCUAUUCAGGUCUUCCAAGAUCUUGUAACGGCAGCUUUUCGCGUCCUUCGAGAUGGCGACGUAGUGGGAAUCUUCGAUGAUACCGCCUUUACUUCGCCGACGCGUGCAAGCGACAGCACCCUUCCUAGAUCGAAACAGACGCCUGGAUUGAUAAUGUGGUUCAUCCGACGUUUUGUUCUGGGUCUUCCUCUUGUUGGCGCUGGUUCGCUUGUCCAUCUGCUGCUUUCAGUUCAGAUGCUCGCUCCUGUGCAAUGGCUGGCUCGAUACAGAGGCCAACGCAACAGACGCAACGACAGUUCACGCGACAUCGCAGCGCUGAUCGUUAUAGGCCUACUUGUUGUUGGUGCUGCAAGAGCCUUAAUCAAAGUGUAUCAACUUACACAAAAGUGGACGCAGUAUUUACUAAUUCGAGCCGAGGAUGCUAUCUUAGAGGUUAACUAG